UUUUCAUUUCAAUUUUCUAAUUCCCAUUUACAUUUAUUUACUUUCGCACUUUCUCAUCGCUCUUCUCCGGCCUCCGUUUCGAAGCUAACAAAUUUACAAUUUUAAGAUUUAACUUAGCGAGGAUCUGAGCAAUGCCUGCUGAUGAUUGUAUUGAGAGGCCUUUAUUUGGGGGUGCCAUAUCUAGCUACUUUCCUGUAAGGUUUCAGGAUAUAAGCAACAUAAGAGAGGUCCCAGAUCAUCAGGAAGUUUUCGCUGAUCCUAGCCGUGAUGAGAGCCUUAUCUUUGAGCUACUUGAUCUGAAACAUGAGGUUGGAGAUGACAGGAGUGCUGUAUGGUUUCUUCGGGAUAUUGCCAGGGAACAAGAUGCGGAGGAAACAAUGGUGCUUGAGCAUUCUGGGACUCUUGAGCUGCCAGGUUUAAGCUGCGGAGGUGCACCUACAAUAGUUACAACCGCUGUUGGUCAACUGGCAAUUUCAAAGGGACGACAAGGAAGAGAAGCCCAUAAUGUAGUGCAGGUAUAUCUAGCAAAUUUGCGCCUCAAGGAAGUUUCUACUGAUGUACUUAUCACUGCAUAUGAGCCAAUAUUUAUAAACCCCUUGAGCGAAAGCGCCAGGACAGUAGGAGCUGGUCCGACCGUCCCUGCUGAACAAUCCGGAUUCUUGCCGAUGGCCGAGGUGUUCAAGCGUGCUGUUACAAGUUUCAAGGUCCAUGAUUGGAAUCUCUUCGGCCCAGGUGCUUGAUAAAUUUGUAUACAGCUAUCCUGACCUUCAUUAAGUAUUGCAGACACAGGUCUCUCUAAUUCGUGAUCCAUCUUAAAACUAAUUUCUGUGGCGUGUGGAGUUGACUAUAAGAUAUUGUAUAACAUUAACUCUAGAUUGUCUUGCGUACAUUCAAGUUGAGGCAAUUCCAUGGCUCUUAAUAUGUCAAUUAGAUCUCCUCUAGGCUGUGGCGUUCAUGCUGCCUCAUCUCAGCUUUGCAUCCUUUGAUUUAGGCUUAAAUUAGUUGGUUAUCCUUGUCCUUUGGAAAGUAAUGGAUUACCUCAAGUAGAAAUUAGAGUGUGGCUGUGUAGCUCAUUUUGUGUGUGUGUGUGUGUGUGUGUGUGUGUGUGUCUUUAUUUGUGAUUUUAUUUCUUUUCUGAUGUCACAUAUGAAGACCCUAUAUUGCUUUUGGGAAAGUCUCUCUAUCUCAUAA